AUGGUCACCUUUGAAAGCUUCGUGGUCCAAGGGCAUCAACGGGGAUUCGCCUUGCCCGAACAAUUUGGGCAUCCUUUCACGGUCCUAUCGCGUGGCAGAAGCUUCUCCCUCGUAAGCCCAAAGCUGAGGAGUGCACUGCAAAGAGCGGGCUUGAGGAAGGAGCUUCUCGACUGGGAUAGAUGCGCAGGUCAAUCGGCAUCCGGUGAUGCAAGCAAUAUCUCCUGGCAAGGAGCGCGAGAGACGGGGAGCUCCUGCUUCUGGACGAGCUGUGAUCAAAUUUCCCUCGGCCCGACAGAGUGCCACCACUGGAGAUGCAUCUGCCGACAAAAUUAUUACUACAACAAGGAAGCCGACAAGUGCACGCCUGUCCCCGAUCACAUCGAGGAGCACGACACCGGCGGCAAGUGCCAGUUUUUUGGUUGUGCAGCUACCCGUGGUUUGACUCAAUGCGUUGCUGGCAAAUGCCUUUGCAUCGCGGGAUACACUGCCGAAAACGGCAAAUGCAAGCCGAAGGAAGGCUACAGUGAGCUGCCCGGUGGCGAUGUGUGUGGCAGGCCGAAUAUGGGUGACCUGUGUUGGAAGGCCGUGGACUGGGCGAUGCAUGACAACAUUUAUGCGAAUCCUGGGCAGUAUCCUGGUCUUCAUGCAGGAGCUUCCAGUUUCCAGGAGUUCCAGGCGUUUGUGCACAACGUCGACAAGGUCACCUGCCCCAAGCCAUGUGCUGUGAACUACGAGCACUUCGAUACGCCAAAGAUUCUCGAUCCCGCAUAUCAACAGAUGAAAGGUGUGUCGUAUGGACCUGCACCCGUGAAGAAGGCCGGGUCACCCAUCAAUGGUGAUGACUACAUGGCGGACAUCACGGGUGCUAUGUGGGCUGAUUGGGGCCGUGGCGACCUUGAGCUGAUCAAGGAGUUGGGAGGAAAUACCAUUCGAAUGUACGGCAACGAUGCCAACACGAGCCACCGCGCCUUCCUGGACCUUGCCUAUGAGAAGGGGAUUGAUGUGAUUGCAGGCAUGAGCGACUUCGGUUUCACACAGGGCCCGGACAAUUGUUUGAUCAACGACUGGUAUUGUUUCGACGAAGCAUAUUUCUAUUACCACAAGAACUUACUGAUGGGCUUCGCCAUCGACUCCUUCAAACGCUACCACCCUGCCCUGAAAGCCUUGAUCUUGGCGAAUGAGCCGGACUUGAAGGUGCAUCCGCGAAGCCUCACCUGCAGAGCAAUGGCGUCGGUUUUUGAUGCCAUCCUGGAAGCCGAGAAGGACGUGGGCGUAUCUGGCAACCCCAUCGCGUUGACCAUCACAUGGUCUUUCGCUCUCUUCCCGGAUGCGGAGGUUCACCCAAAUGCUCCCGCCCUUGGCCAAAUGGAAGAGUUCUGGCAGUGCUUGCAGAGGGGCACCGAAAAGGAGCCCAUCAACUACACGCCCCGGAAUGACUUGGUCGCGGCUUUCCGCAAGCGAUUUGUCCACAGCUUCAACACUGCCAACAGAGCAAGGGAGGUGGCCAACCUGAUGCUGAACAAAUAUUCGCAGAGCAGCUUUUGGACUCCGACCUUGAAGGUCCCCGUCUUCAUCGGCGAGUAUCACAGCGUCCAUGGUGGCAUGGAGGAUGACCUGACAGAAGCCGUGGAGUUGUCCAAGUCCCCGAGAUAUCCUUACUUUAUGGGCUACUCCUUCUUCGAGUUCACGCGCAGUUAUUGGAAAGGUGGUCCAGAGAUGGAUUUUGGUAUGUUCGGCUAUGGCGACUGUCCUUUAAUGGACAUGAACUACACUGGCAACACAUACACCAUUUGGAACCUGAUCCCACUCAAGGAUCGGCGUGGUUUUCCGCUACCAGUCGCACUGCGCAAAGCUUUUGCUGGGGACAGCACUCUUCCCAAGGUGCUCGCACACCCUGGCAUCGAGUGCAAAGCCUCCACCGCGGGCUUGCCUUAG